AUGCCGGUGUUUCAUACGAAAAUUAUCGAGAGCAUUUUGGAGCCGGUAGCUCAACAGGUCUCACGGCUGGUGAUCCUGCACGAGGAGGCUGAAGAUGGGAACGCAAUGCCGGACCUGGCGCGGCCGGUGCAAGCCGUCUCGCUCGCCGUCAAUAAUCUCGUCAAGGUCGGUCACGAGACCAUAGAGUCCUCGGACGAUGUCAUCCUUCGCCAAGACAUGCCGGGAGCUUUGCGACGUGUGGAGGGCGCCGCCACUCUACUGCAACAAGCCUCGGACAUGUUGCGGGCCGACCCUUAUUCCGGACCGGCCAGAAAAAAGCUGAUCGAGGGUUCCCGAGGUAUCUUGCAAGGCACAUCGGGUCUGCUGUUAUGUUUUGACGAGUCAGAAGUGCGAAAAAUCGUUAAAGAAUGUAAAAAAGUGCUAGACUACCUCGGCGUCGCGGAAGUCAUCGACACAAUGGAAGACCUCGUGCAGUUCCUCAGGGAUAUCUCACCGGCGCUGUCUCGCGCUGCUAGAGAGGUAGCGGCCAGAGCAUCGGAACUGACCCAUCCACCACACGCGGAGACUUUGACCAGUUGCCUAGAAAGUGUUAAGCAAUUGGCACCCGUUCUCAUUUGCUCCAUGAAGACCUACAUUCAUAUCCUCACUGAAGGUGGUAAGGGAAUGGAGGAAGCAGCAGAAAACAGAAACUACUUGGCGCAACGAAUGGCAGAUGAAAUCCAUGAAAUUAUUCGAGUUCUGCAGCUGACCUCAUACGUGGAGGAUGGUGGCGAAAAGGACAACAUCGCAGUUCUGAAAGCUUUACAAACUCAGAUACACACCAAGAUGGGGACCGCACACGAGUUUCUUAAUGACCCUGCGGCGUUGCGCAACAGUGCAGGCGAGCGUGCGCUGCGCUCGGUGCUGACGUCAGCGCAGCGCGCCGCAGAGCACCUCGCGCCCGACCUGGCCGACACCGUGCGCCGCGACGUCAGAUCCGGAGGCAUAAAUGCCGACCAUUUAUGCGACGAAAGACAAAUGGGCCGUGGGAGGGAGUCUAAGGCAUUAAACUUGGCUUCGGAUCUCCGCUCCCAACUAAACGAAGUGGAAGGCGUUGUUAACGAAGGUGUGAGGGCGGCGGAGAAGCAAGGCGGGAAAACUAUACAAGCUAGGUUGGAAACGGCCCACAAAUGGCUCCUCCAUCCCGCUGCCGAUUCGCAUACAAGAUCGGAGGGACAGAAGGCCAUCACUAGUAUCGUAUCUCAGGGUCAGAGGAUAGCGGAUGGUCUGCAAGGUCGCGAGAAGGCGGAGAUACUGCAGCUAUGUGGAGACGUGCAGAGACUGUCCGACAAGCUCGCGGACAUGUGCUCGAGUGGAUACGGGCACUCGGAUGAGGCUAGAGCUAUCACAAGGGAGCUGACUGAUAAACUGCACGAAUUGAAACGCGGCAUGGAGCGAGCUGUUGUGAACCGCGUCGUCGAAGACUUCAUAGACGUCGCCGCUCCGCUGAGGCAUUUCACUGACGCUGUUAAUGCACCUGAAGGUACGGCGAACCGCGAGGCGAACUUCUCGGAGCGAGCUGCAGCGCUGCAGGCGUUCAGUGGGCGCGCGUGCGCUGCGGCGGGCGUGGUGGCGGCCGCCGCGCACCACAAGCGACUCGCCGACCCGCUGGCGCACCACGCCAGGCAGGUCGAGAAACUUUCCCCGCAGCUCAUUGCCGCUGGUAAAAUUCGCCUGCAUUACCCCGACAGUAAGGUAGCCGAGGAGCAUUUCAACAACCUCAAGAACCAAUAUGCCGACGCUGUGCUCCGCGUAAGAGAUCUCUGUGAUCAGGCGGUUGAUCCGUUGGACUUUGUCAGGACUGCUGGUGAAUUGAUGCAAAAGCACACCUACCUAUGCGAGGACGCGAUACGCAACGACGACGCUCAGAAGAUGGUGGAUAAUACUUCGGCUAUUGCUCGUUUGGCGAACCGAGUUCUGUUGGUGGGCGGUGCGGAGCGCGAGAACACGGAGGACGGCGAGUUCGCGCGCGCGCUGGGCGGCGCGCAGCAGCGCCUGCAGGCCAGCAUCGCGCCCGCCGUGCGCCUCGCCAAGCGCGUGGCGCUGCGCGACCGCGCCGCCGUGCCCGCCUGGCGCGCCGCCAACGCAGAGAUAAUGAGCGCGGCGAGUGAGGUGGAGGCGGCGUUCGGGCGGCACGCGGCGCGCGCGCCCGAGCUGGCGGACGCGCUGCGCGCGCUGCACGUGGACGAGCGCGCGCCGCCGCGCCCGCCGCCGCCCGCGCCCCUCGCGCCCGCCGCGCCCGCGCCGCACGCCCCGCACGCGCCCGGCCUCGCGCCGCCGCGCCCGCCGCCGCCCGACACCGACGACGAGGACGAGGACAUCUUCCGCAGGCAGCCACACCCCAGCCAGCCCAUAUUGGUGGCGGCUCACAAUCUGCACAAAGCAGUGCGAGAAUGGUCGUCAAAGGAUAAUGAAAUUAUUGCCGCUGCGAAACGCAUGGCGAUCCUCAUGGCUCGUCUCUCCGACUUAGUGCGUUCCGACUCUAAAGGCAGCAAACGCGAGUUGAUCGCGACCGCAAAGGCGAUCGCUGAGGCUUCAGAGGAGGUCACGCGACUCGCUAAGAAACUCGCUCUCGAAUGCACUGACAAGCGAAUUCGUACCAACCUGCUUCAAGUUUGCGAAAGAAUUCCGACCAUCGGCACUCAGCUUAAGAUCCUGUCAACUGUUAAAGCUACCAUGCUUGGAGCUCAAGGAAGCGAAGAAGAUCAAGAAGCAACGGAGAUGCUUGUUGGAAACGCGCAGAACCUCAUGCAGAGUGUAAAAGAAACGGUAAAGGCAGCGGAAGGCGCGUCGAUAAAAAUCCGCACGGAGCAAGGUGGCUACAGGUUGCGUUGGGUUCGUCGCUCGCCCUGGUACCAGAUCUAG